AUGGCCAAGCAGCCGGCGGUUGUGGCCAUUGUGAGGCACGGCGCUCGCCUCGAUGUUUCCGACAAGAGUUGGAGAGAUACCGCCGAGAAGCCCUACGACACGCCCCUUUCAUAUGGCGGCUGGCUACAAUGUCAAAUGCUCGGUUCAAGGAUAGCGAAUGAGUUGCAGUUUCUUGACAUCACCAAGAAGCUAGACGAAGAUGGUUCGACUUCGCCUCCUAAACGACGGAAAGUCAUUAUACACUCAUCGCCCUACCUCCGAUGUGUUCAGACUUCGAUCGCGCUUAGUGCUGGCCUGCGCGAACCAGACCCUCGGCCUGGUCGACUGUCGGUGCCGACCGUACGGCAUGGCUCGCGGCUUGAAAAUGAGAUCAGAGAAGAAGACAUCGAAGGCGAGGAGCACUCACCCCGUCCCGAGAAACCCACGCUUAAGCUCGACUGUUUUCUUGAAGAGUGGCGCUCAGCUGGCUACUUCGAGAAAACAAUACCUCCCGCUCCGUCCUCCCAGCUGUUAGCAACUGCCAAGGAUUAUCUUCGAAGACCAGCAGAAGACAUCAAAGGCGCAGAUAUCGCAGGGGCUCCACUUCAGGAGCUCGAAGCAAUCGACUGGAGUGAUAAGGUACAGGAGGCAAACGCUCUUCCCAUCCACGAGAAAACCGGCCUACGACAGCAACUGUCCAAAAGAGCGCGCCACUUCUCAGACGUUCCCAGCAGUGGACGCCCAAAUAGACUCAGAACUGCCAGCAAUGGCUAUAGCCCCCCGGUCCCAACAUAUGCACUCGCACCCACAGAUGCUAUCCCUGCCGGCUUUGUGGCACAUGCUCGAGACGCUUGCCUGAACAUCGAUUUUGACUGGGACAGCACCGAAGAAUGGGCCGAUGGCAGUACGUGGGAUGAGGAGUGGGGUCUCAUGCAUCGUCGCGUCGGCAAUGGUCUUCAGAACAUGAUCGACCACUAUGGCGAUGAGUCGGACGAAGAAGUAGUCCUGAUAUUGGUAACCCAUCAAGCAUGCUGUAAUGCAUUGAUCCGGAUCAUGACGGGAGCUCCUGCGCUGCAUGACAUUGGAACUUCGUCCUUGACUAUGGCGGUCCGGCGGCCUACAUCUAUUGUUGCGGAGACCAAGACACCGACCUCUCGACGAGGAUCACUCGAUACGGGCAUCGCGCAGGCGUUCCAGAUGAAGAUCAUUGCAUCCACGGAGCAUCUGAGAGGUGGCUCCAAUCCACUUGGGCUGAACUCGCCUCGCCUGGGCCAGUCGCCGGCUUUGGCUAGUCGCCGCAUUGUUGGAGCCGACUCUCCUGAAGGCUUCAGUCUUGGUGACCCUUGGCGGCCUCAGACUAUGCUGCGGAGUUUCAGUCACAGGUCUUCCGAAGCCGAUCAAGAACCACCGGUUCCAGAUGGUUUGUGGCGAGCCGAAGGAGCACGUACAGAAUCGAAGGAAGAUGCCGUGGAAGUAGAGCCACCGGUUCACCUCUGGGGCAUUGAAGAUGGCAGCAGAAAUCUCCCAGUGCGAAGUGCAAGCCAUAGAAUGUGGGGCGGUCAAAGCUCCAAUCAGCGGGACAGAAGCCCCGGUAAGCGCAGAUGGACCGCAGUUGAUAGAAGUCCAUAG